AUGGUAGAAACUAGUGGAAGACGUGCGGUAGGAACUGAAGGAUCUCGUGUGGGAGGAGUUGGUGGAAAUCGUGUGGGAGGAAUUGGCGGAAGUCGUGGUGUGGGGCUCGGUCAAAGUCGCGCGGUAGGACUUGGUGGAUCCUCCUCAUCUUUGGGCGCCUCCUACAGUCAGGGCAGCUCCUUUUCGGUACCCAACUACAGCACCCGCUAUUCGGUGAAGGACACCUUCUCAGGCGUGGACAUCGACUCACAGGAGACCCGUCUCGGUGACCGCACCGAGGGCUCGUACUCGACGCUGCUUCCCGACGGCCGGAGGCAGAUCGUCACCUACUGGGUGGACGGCAACUCGGGCUACAACGCCAGGGUGACCUACGAGGGCGUGGCUCACCAUCCGCAGACCACGCCCCUCGGCUAUGGGCGGCCCGCCGCAGGGCUGGGCUCACUUGCUCUGGGCGCCUCUGGCGGUCCUGGCUACGGAGUUGGAGGCGGUGUGACCUUUGGUGGUGGCUCCGGACUGGGUUUAGGUGGUGCUCUCGGGUCUGGUUACCGAGGGUCGGGUGUGGCGUACCGCAGUGCCGCCGGCAGGGGCUACGGUGGACUCUGA